GUUAGACAGAGGCAUCUGAAUUGAUCAUAUCUAUUUUCCUAAAUCAGUCUGUCUUACAAUGGAAUCUCGCUCUGUUGCUCUGUUGCCAGGCUGAAGUGCAGUGGCGCGGUCUCGGCUCACAACCUCCGACUCCCUGGUUCAAGCGAUUCUCCUGCCUCAGCCUCCCGAGUAGCUGAGAUUACAGAAUCCAGAAAAGAAUAAUUAAGAUAUUUUCAAAAUGGAAAGUUCCCAUGCCAAAGAUUUUGCCUUCUUCACCAAACUAUGAUUUCCUGAUGUUCUUAAAGUUUCAACAUAUACAUGAACUGGACUUACAAUUCCAGAAAAAUUAAAGGCUCAAGAAUGGGGCUUGAGUACACACUGUGUGCUAAGGAAAGAAUAUUUGGAUUGAAUUGAACCCCUGCAGAACGUGGACUAUUCAGAGACAUUGAAUUUGGCCUUGGGUGAAUACCUGCCUUGGGUUGGCCAAAUAGUCAACAGCAAUGAGCCAAAAGAGACAAACCAAGUUUCAAAAUGGCAAAUCAAAGACUUCAGAAAAUAGCUCAGCUAAACGUGAGAAAGGAAUGGUUGCCAAUAGCAAAGAGAUUUUUGAUGCAGUCGGGCGAUCAAAAUUUGUUCUAGAGAACCUUCGGCAUUACACAGUCCACCCAAAUUUGGCCCAGUACUAUAAGCCUUUGAAGGCCACUGCCCUGCAGAAAUUCCUGGCUCAAAACAGGAAAACCACCAGCUUCAUGUUAAAAGUAACACAGUAUGACCAGGAUAAGACGUUACUGAUUAUGACCAACAACCCACCUCCCUGCUCAAUCACCCAGCAAGACAAGGAGAGUGCAUCAAAAUAUUUUUCCAAGGAGUUACUGCUCAAGGUCAUGGAAAGUCAUCAACAGCACAAACCCACUGAGAACCUCUGGCUGCCCUGCAUGCCUCAGAAAAAAAAGUUAAGAUCUAAGCUGAAACCAAUCUUCCCUUUGAUACUGUUGGACGAUCCCACAUCCAAGCGAGAACAAUGGUUUAGGUUUUCCACUGACAAUGAUUUCAAGAGCGAAGGGAAGUAUUCAAAAGUCUACACUUUGAGGACACAGAAGAAAAUGUACCCUCAGCUCACCUUUGCUCCAGUCCAUGAGAGAGAUAUGAGGAAAGAUGCUUCCAAGAAGUCAGCGAGUGAAAGGCCGAUUUCCAAAGUGAUUCGGGAACCACUGACACUCGCAUCGCUCUUGGAAGACAUGCCCACCAGAACCGCGCCCGGGGAGAGCGCCUUCCGCAACGGGAGGGCCCCGCAGUGGAUUAUCAAAAAGGCCACGGUCAUCGGGUGAACACAGAUCCCUCAGUCCUCCUGCCUCGCUCUCCUGAGACUGAGGGGUCCGCAGAAGUCGCCAACCAAAUAAAAUCACAUUCCUGCUGCUGCAGGCGUGGGCUCCCGGGUCGCACGCCGGGAGGGUCGAGCCGAAACCUCCGGCGGGCCGCGGGAGGAGGAGAG